GGCGUGCGGCGGCCCUGGGCCGGCCCCAUUGGCUGCCUUAGGGGCAGGCCGGCGCGCUACGGGGCAGCACUCGCCCAGCAGCCGCGGGUCAGGAUGGUGGAAGCCUGGUACAUGGACGAGUCCGGAGAGGACCAGAGGAUCCCGCACCGGCAGGAGCCGCACCGGCCGGUCAGCCUGGAGCAGCUGCGCCGGCUCGGAGUCUUCUACUUCAAAUUGGAUGCUGACAACUAUGAGACUGACCCAGACCUAGCAAGGAUUCGGAAAGAGAGAAACUAUUCUUGGAUGGAUAUAAUUACGAUACAUAAAGAUAAGCUGCCAGAUUAUCAAGACAAGAUAAAAAUAUUUUAUAAAGAACAUUUGCACUUGGAUGACGAAAUUCGCUACGUCCUUGAAGGAAGUGGCUACUUUGAUGUUCGAGACACAGAUGACAAGUGGAUCCGGAUUUUAAUUGAAAAGGGAGACAUGAUAACUCUUCCUGCUGGCAUAUAUCACCGAUUUACAGUGGAUGAAAAUAACUACGUGAAGGCAAUGAGGCUCUUUGCUGGAGAACCAGUCUGGACAGCAUACAACCGGCCAGCUGAUCACUUUCCUGCUCGACGACAGUACAUCCAGUCUUUGGCACAAGCAGCACAGUAAUACUCUCUGAAGUCUGAUGUGUGGAACGUCCUCAAGCUUGAGCAGAAUGGAAACUGGGAAUCUUGUACUUCAACACUGCUCACUGUAGGAUGGGUUCUGUUUCCCCUGUCCAAAUGUGCUUCUCUAGCUCUAAUUUUGGGAGGGUGAAUGGGGAGUAUGGACAAGACUUAAUGUUCAUCCUAGUCUGAAAUGAUGCUAUCAAACUACUUAAGAUGAUUGUAUUUAAUUAAAAAUCUUCUGCAUUCUCUCAAAGAAUCUACACAAGAUGAAUUCUCAUAAUCAGGACCUUCAUAUGCAAUUUACCUAGCUCUGCCCUGGUACAAAUGUCUGUGACUUUCUUAUAAUGAAUUGCAGUGAUUUACUUUUGUAGCAUUUUAAUAAAAUGAUUUUCUGUCUUUAAA